GGGGUGGGUCCACCGGCGCAAAGGAAAACCCACAUUUUUCAUUGUUAGGGACACGGUGGAAUGUGAUGGUUUGAUCCUACAGCGCAGGGAGUGGAGGGAAGAAACAACGAAGGCAGUUCAGGAGAAAAAAAAACCUGUCCCGCUGAUGUACCAGUAAAAUCUGUGAAAGAACUUGUGUUCAGUCUUUGGUUCAAACCUACAGUCAUCUUGUCGGAACUCUUCGACACAAAGCGAAUCAAUUUGGGGACUAUCGCAGAUUUUCUUUUCAUGGCAAGGGCUUGCGGAUGGAGCUCCAUAGUGAAACCAUCUGGUGACAGACGGGCCGCAUUUACCAGCUGCUUAGCACCCAACACGAGGAUGUAUCCAUAGAAAGUAAGUUUACGGUGAUAGACACCCAUGUUGACCAUUAAGCUGAGGGGAGUUGAAGGAAUAAGAACCAACCAAAGAAAAAGGGAGAAGACAUUGUGUGGAGAGGAGAAAGGGACUCGACACAACUCAACAUUACGGACUUGUGACUCAUCAUUUUAACCAGAGAAGAAGGACUGCCACACAAAUGUGGACCUCCCAAAAAGCAGUAAAAUAAUUUCCCCUUUCCAUAUAGAAGACAACAGCAAUAAUAUCUGUGAUGUCUGAAAACAAAGACAUAACGAGUCGCCACCUGCGGCACAAGCUGCAAAGCCUGGGACGACGGCUGGAUGAGCUUGAGGAGGCCACCAACAAGCUCCAGAAGUCUGAAGAUGAGCUGCUGGAUCUGCAGGACAAGAUCAUCCAGGCAGAGGGCAGCAACUCCUCCAUGCUGGGCGAUGUAGAGGCGCUGCGCAAGCGGCUGCUGAGGAUUGAAGGCAAAGAUGAGGAGGUGUGCAAGGCGGAGGAUCUCUGCCGCACAGUGAGGGAGAAACUGGAGGAGGAAGAGAGCUUGACCAAGGACCUAAAGUCUGAGAUUGAGCGCCUGCAGAGGAGGAUGGCUGAGCUGGAGAAGUUGGAAGAGGCCUUCGGCAAGAGCAAGUCAGACUGUAGCCAGCUGUGCCUCAAUCUCAACGAAGAGAAGAACCUGACCUGGAAGCUCUCCUCUGAGCUUGAGUCCCUCAAGGCCCGUGUGAUGGAAGUGGAUGCAUCAGAGGUAAGGCUGGACCGGGCUGAGAAGUUCCUGGCAGGGGAGCUGGAGCAGCUCAAGGGUCUCACUCAGACUUUUGUGAGUGAGAGGAAUAGGCUCCUGGAGAAGCAAAGGGAGGAUGAGAAGCUUAUACUAAAACUGACAGAAAAGCUGGAUUGUCAGAACAGGAUCGGCCGAGCAGAUCCCGGCCGCACAGACUUGAGGGACCUCCGCAUUGAAGAUGACCUCUCAUCUGGCCUGACUAGCAAGCUGGGGCGCAAGAAGAGCGUGGACUACCUGAAACUGGGUGGCGACGUUGGGCUAAGGAAUAAGUCAGAAAACGAGAAGAACAGCCUUGAUGGCCAGGAAGACAACAAAGUCAAGGAACUCACCCAGGAAGUUGAGAGGCUGAAGAACCGGCUGAAGCAACUGGAACUGGUGGAGGAGGAUCUCAAGAACACAGAGUCAAAGAACGGAGAGCUGCAGGAGAAGUUCCAACAGGAGAGGUCCCGCAGCCGAGCCCUCAACGAUCAGGUGGAGCAGCUUAGAAUGCAGCUGUGCAGUGGCAGCAGUCAUGGCAAUGGAGGGCUUAGCAGUCCAGCAAAGGUCCUUGAGAAUGGCAAGGCAGAGAAUGAAGAGAUCAAUGUCCGGGGUGGGUUCAGGCAGGACAAGCCUAAGUACAGGAGUGCUGCAGCUGCAGAGCCAGCCGCCCCCAAGUACAAGAGACGAGAGCUGUCCCCGCAGCACAAGAGGGAGACCAAGCUGAGGAGCAAAGAGCUGAGCAACUCUGAGGAAAGUUCUCCGAAGUCUGUCAGGAGGGCACUCAGUCCUUUACACAAGAGCAGGAGGACACCAAAGACUGGAGCCUUAACUGCCUCUGACAAUGUAGUGAAAGAAAUAGGGAGAAGGGUGGAGGACAAAACAACAAGGGGAGGAGCCCAUACUCCUGUUAGCACGUCUUUGAGUGACAGCAAGAAGGUUUCGGUUCUUAAUCGCUACCCUCCAGCAGCUAAUGACCAGAAGCCAUGGAAGACAUCUCAGAAACCAAGUGAGAGUGAAAGCAAAAAGAGCCAAGUGGAUAAGUUUUCUAGAUUGAAUGUUGGUUGUGACAGUGAGUCAAACAAUUCUGUUGUGGUGCCUGAAAGCUCAAGCAAGAGCAACACAGUCUCCCCUCCUGAAAAGGAUGCUUCUGCGUCUGAUCUGGUGUCUGUGGACCUGGUUCAAGAGGCUCCUCCAGUGUCAGACCUCUCACAGGCCAAUGGGUCGUACACUGCCUACAAGUCCCAUGUGUCCCCGCUGGUCAGUGAUCAUGGCUCUGAGGGUCACUCUUCAGCCUCUGAGACUGAAUCCACUGGGUCCAGGCCUUCAGAGCCUGUGUCCGAGGUGGCAGCACUGAGUAGCAGAACCUCCAACCCUCCGAAGUACUCUAGAUACUCUCGCCUACAAGACUCCCAGUCAGAGGGUUCCUCCACCAGGAGCUCAAUUGACGAGGAGCAGAACAGGCUGUUGAUGGCAGAAGGAGGAUCUCUGGAGCCCACUCACACCCCAGCAGGGAUAGAGGUCCGCAGGGUCUGCAGCCCACGAGAGGCCCUGAGGUCAAAGGCAGUCAUCAAGCCGGCCAUUGUGGAGAUUGAUAGGAAGGAAGUUAUGAUAUCCGGAGUCGGGGCAGAGUUCUUGACCUCCAAUGGCAAGCCCAAAAUCUCCACAAAACCCGUCCUGACCACCAACAAGAUGACCAGCAGCAUCACUAUCUACCCCAACGAUCCCAGCUCUUCCAGGACCAGCAGCCGCAGCAGCAGUGUAUCCAGCGAGCCACCAGUCAAGGAACGCCACACGUCCACUAGCAACAUUGUCAUCGGGCCCAGUGAGCACAGGGGGAGCAUCUCCAUCCCCUAUGAGAUCUCCAUUCCCAAGAGUAAGAUCACCCUCCGGCCAUCCAUGGAUGGCCCGGACGAAACAGAUCAACCAGGGGUUUUAGGGAUGGCCCGUGCGGAGACGCACCUACGCUCCCGAAGCAGCUUCAGCCUCCAGUCACCGGAGACCAUCUCAGACUUCAACAACGACACUGAGUCAGGUUUUGAGAGCAGCAGUAGCAGCACUACCACCGUCACCAGCUGGAGGAGCCAACACCACGGCCACCACACCUCCCAGGACGACGGUCUCCCCGAGAUGAGAAACCUGACUGUGCGGAGCACCUGGAGGAACAGGGGGGCGGCAUCCGUGGACGAGCCUGGCCAGGGAGCCAGGCUGGACGGGGUGGGCUCUGAGGAUGAGGUAGAGUCGGCCACCACGUGGAGGGCGUACCGCGCCACAACUGUCCUGGACAAGGAGGAGAAGGUUAAUGCCACAGGGGCCUCUACAUCACGGGCAGCCAAGCCGUCGCCAGCAGAGCUGUACAUGCGCAGGAUUAAGAACAGUGUGGUGACCACCAGGGACAUUGCAGAGCCGGUGUGCCGGAGCAAGAGCUCUCUGUCACCCUCUGAGGGAGUUAUGCAGAGGAGUAUCCCCCACGAGCCUGUCAGUUCUCAGGAGCUCACGCCCCGGCAGACACAACCCAUGGCUGCCGACAACACUAACCCCAGCUCUUGGUCACGGAGGACGAGGCCGGCCCCCGGUGACCUGGGUACCUACGAGAGGGAGAGAGUGAGGAGCUCCAGGCCUGACCUAGGGGCCAGCAGAGGAACGGGAACCACGGCUUCCAGACCAGAGCUGUGGUCCAGUAGGGGUCAGGCUGGCCAUGCGGAGAGGAUGACCGGGCGCGGUAAUCAACCACGGAGCAACCGUCAGACCGACAACUAAACCGGCCAACCAUCCUUGUAGCUCCGCUUCAUAAUGUCCAGAGCUCUCCAUGCCCCCAAACUGCCUGGAGCCCCUCAACAAGGAGAAAUGUACUGUAUCAAGCAUAUCUAAAUCCCCGAGCAACAGCAGUCACAGCCAUACAGAAGAAUAAACAACUCUCAAGUCCCUGUCCAGCACCUACCUACCCAUGCUUCUCUGAGUGCAAAAACAAGAUGGCCACCCUCUGAAACCUUCAACCACACUCUUCCAUUUGCACAGACACAACAUCAGUUGUAUUAUAAUGUGCCCAUAUACAGUAUCGCUCUGGUGUGGACCUCACCACCAGUGAAUGUAUCCUCUUCCGCAUCUUCUCCUACCAGAUGUAUUAUAAUGUAUUCCUCAGACUCGACAAGGGAGAGAUGAUCACUUGGGUGACUGGGCCUAGAGGUGUGUGUGUGUGUGGGGGGGUGAGGGGGGGGCGAGAGAGACACAGGAAGGAUUUGUUGUCUUUCGGAGUGGACCGUUACAAGACCUCACUUUGGAACUUCCCAGCGGAGCUCCCAAGCUGCACAAAGGUUGUACCCAUGUGACCAGAAACGGGGAGCGAAUUACUUGGAUUAAAAAUAAAUCUACUCUGAUCUUUGACUUAUUCAAACUUAAUUUAGUGAGCGCUUAGACCAUGCAUUUGCUUUAUAUUGACAACUAGAGAACGACCGAUAUGAGUUUAAGGGCCUAUACCGAUACUGAUUUUUGGAGGUCAAGGAGGCCGACGGCCAAUAUUUUAUGCCGAUAAUGAAUAUAAUUCAAUUUAAGGAUUUUGAUUAAUUUUCCCAGAGACAGCCACAAAUCAAUUAUAUAAUCAUACAAUCAAUUUUACUUUUUUUUUAACAAUCUAUCUACAUAACAUAAUGGUAAUCAUUGAUUUGAAUGCUUAAUCUCUUGAUAAACUGGGUAAAUCAAGAUGGCAUAGGCUUGCCUACUCACAAUACAGGUGAAUUCAUACCCAAUAAGACUGCAUGCAUUCAUCUUUUGAACUCAUUUGGGCUCAUUUCAAUGAUCUAUGGGUCUACAGAUGACAAUCUGUUUCCCUUCCAUUUGGGACCAUGUUAGCCUCAGGGUUGGGGAGUAACUGAUUACAUGUACUUUUGAAAAACUUGAUUACUUUUAAAUUCAGAAAUGAUGUUUGUGGGAAAAACAUACAUUGUGAUACCUUUCUGUUUUUUCAAUGACAUUCAAUGAAUCAUUGAAAAAAGAUGCAAGUGUUAAGUUUAUUCCAUCUGAGGGAGUCUGACCAGAAGUCAGAGACCACUGAUGACACACCAAAUGUGUUUGAUGGAUCCUUUUUGUCUUCUUCAAAUGCCUCUUAAGAGGAAAGUAAUCCAAAAGUAACUGAAAGUAAUCAUUAUGUUACUGAUUACAAUUUUGGACAGGCAACUGUAACGUAUUCCAUUUAGAAAGUAGUCUACCAAACCCUGUUAGGCCUAGUGAUCAACAAAAUGUUAAUAGAAGUAGCCUAUUGUCUUCUUUUAUAAAGACGUGGGCUGUCUCUUUAAAGGUGCUACACAUAGGAUUUUUCUGAAUUGUUGCUUUGUAAUUACAGAAAAUGUUCAUAAUAUAGUGGAAUGAUAAUGUUUCCCAGUAUUACUUAUCCGCCAUUGUUGUGAUUGGCUGUGAUAUUUGCCUAGUGAUUUCUCCCGCCAGAGCUGCAUCUGUUGUCAAAAUGGGAAAGCUGUUUUGACUUUGUGGCUGUGUUAUCUAGUGGAAAAGGGGUCAAGCAGACAAUGUAGAAAUGGCUCCGUCAUUUACUGGUUGUUAUAAUUCUACACUGUUCGCUCAAUUUCUGUUUGUGAGAAAACAUGCACUUAACAGUGUAGGGCAGUGGUCACCAACCUUUUUCUGAGUCGAGAUCACUUUGAGUCAAAAUGCAAGCCGAGAUCUACCGCUCUUUUUUUUAUUUUUAACAUGACUUAAAAAACUUAAGCCUAUGCAACAUUAACCAAUUAAAAACGGGUUAUGUAGCAAUGAGGUUUGUGCAGUAGGCUAUAGGCCCAAUACAUUAUCACUGCAUAUUGACUAUGCUUGAAUUGCCGUGCCAAUGUUGUUCUCAUUUUGAAAUGAUAGGUAUAUGAUCCCACUGGUAAUAGAUCAUUUGUCGUAUUACUUGAGAGGCUGAGUGAGCAUACUCUUUUUUUUUUUUUUACUGGACUGAUUGCCUGCAUCUAUUGGUCAGUCUGAGGAGGGAGCGAGCAGCGGUGAGGUUGACCCUCACCCGACUCACCGUCCCUUCGCUCUCCCUCCCUUUGCUGUGAAAAUGGGACACGGUCUUCCAUCUGAUGGCGAAACUCAAGUCGCACUGCAUUAUUUCUGCUUCGUGCACUAUUUCAUGUUACUCCUAUGACCAGAGAAAGUGAACUAUUCCUUGAUAUUAAAAAAGCCACUAACAAGCCACUAAUAAUAACAACGCAAGCUUUGCUAUACUCAUUUAUUGCAGCAGCAGUGCUGGUUGUAGCGUGAGUGGAAGUAGGGAGAAAGUGCAUUUUUAUGGCUUAUAAAAGGUUUGAACAGAGUGUUGACAGUGCUGAAUAGCAACUUAAACAUGAAGUUACUCAUAAAAACAGAAACUCUUUGGUGUAUUUGUUGAGUCUCUCUAGUCAUGGUUUUAAAUGUUUUUUGAAAUCUCACAGUAUCAACUUUGCUUCUUUUUACACUCUAUUGCUUGAGGAAACAGUGCAGUGAUCUAUCUGAUUGGACUUCGGUAGGCCUAUAGGUGCACUUGAAUUGCUUUCUGGGCCUGCCAGGUAGGUCGGCGUUCUACUUUCAAGAUGCAUGAAGUGGUUCAAAAUGGGAUAAAUUUGCCUUCCCAUCGCUAGGGCUGCUGAAUCACGUAAACUCACCGUCAACAGCGAGAAACCAAGAAAAUGAAAAAAAAAUAGUAACGCGAGGCUUUAUCGUUGGGUUUUUUACAGAAAUGUUUGGUGAUUGACUAGAAAUGCUUGGAGAUCAACCAGUCGCUCGCAAUCGACCGGUUGGUGACCACUGGUGUAGGGAAUCAUUGUACCAUCUAAAUCGCUGUGAAAUAUCUUUUCAAAAACAAAAAAUAUAUUUUUUACCAGCUGUUUGACGCUGGUGGACGAGAACCAAAAGUAAAAGGCGUGAGAAGUAAAGUGUGAGCCUCUGCCUUGUUACGGGGAAAUGGGAUGCUGGGGAUGGGGGAGAUUUGUUUUGAAUGCAGCCUAGUGCUGUUACAAUUCACCUAGCUUCCACAUGGGAGAAAUUCGAGGUGUAGCACCUUUUUUAAGAGAAAAUACACCACUCAGGACUUAUGUAGCCAGGCAGUUUGAGAGAAGAAACCACUGGCUACUCAUGUAGUCAUUUAGCAGUGAAUUAUUAACACAAUUUUUGGUGACAAUCAGCUUUGAAAUUAGCAUGUUUUGCUUUAUGGUAGCUACCACAAAUAAAGUUAUAGGGUAGUGAGCUGAUGUUAGAAAAGUUGUCUUUAUGAACACUAGCUAUUGGUAUGUUGCUUUGUAAAGUGCUGCAGUCUGUAUGGACAUUGUUUUGCCUAACAGUAAAUUAACACUAUAAACAUUUCUACAUUC